AUGAAUGAAAAACUAAGUGAAUAUGCUGCAAAAUUACCUAAAACUACUACUUCUACUACUACUACUACUACUACUACUACUACUACUACUACUACUACUACUACUACUACUACUACUACUACUACUACUACUACUACUACUACUACUACUACUACUACUACUACUACUACUACUACUACUACUACUACUACUACUACUACUACUACUACUACUACUACUACUACUACUACUACUACUACUACUACUACUACUACUACUACUACUACUACUACUACUACUACUACUACUACUACUACUACUACUACUACUACUACUACUACUACUACUACUACUACUACUACUACUACUACUACUACUACUACUACUACUACUACUACUACUACUACUACUACUACUACUACUACUACUACUACUACUACUACUACUACUACUACUACUACUACUACUACUACUACUACUACUACUACUACUACUACUACUACUACUACUACUACUACUACUACUACUACUACUACUACUACUACUACUACUACUACUACUACUACUACUACUACUACUCCUACUACUACUACUACUACUACUACUACUACUACUACUACUACUACUACUACUACUACUACUACUACUACUACUACUACUACUACUACUACUACUACUACUACUACUACUACUACUACUACUACUACUACUACUACUACUACUACUACUACUACUACUACUACUACUACUACUACUACUACUACUACUACUACUACUACUACUACUACUACUACUACUACUACUACUACUACUACUACUACUACUACUACUACUACUACUACUACUACUACUACUACUACUACUACUACUACUACUACUACUACUACUACUACUACUACUACUACUACUACUACUACUACUACUACUACUACUACUACUACUACUACUACUACUACUACUACUACUACUACUACUACUACUACUACUACUACUACUACUACUACUACUACUACUACUACUACUACUACUACUACUACUACUACUACUACUACUACUACUACUACUACUAACAACAACAACAACAAAAACAUUAACGAUUCAUGA